GAAAAUUCCAAAGUAAUCAAAAUUGGAAUUUAAUUUUGAAUGAAUUUUCUUAAAAGUUUUUUGUAAAUAUUCAUGAAAUGAAGAGAAGAAUAGCUUAGGUCCUUAAAAGAUGUUCAAAAUACAAGCAUGUGUAACCUGAAUGAUCAAUCAUUUGAUCAUUGUGUGAAGGACAAUUUAUAGUUUACUUUAAAUAUCAUAGCUCGUCCAAUUUUACCACUUUCAUCAUGUAUGGCCUGCUAUUGGAAAAUCUCUCAGAAUAUGUUAAAGCUGUAUACGGUGAAGAAAAAUGGGAAGAUAUUCGACGUCAAGCUGGAAUUGACGCGCCAGCAUUUAGUGUACAUCAAGUGUAUCCAGAGAAUUUACUUAAUAAAUUAGCAAAAAAAGCCCAACAGGUAUUGGGGGUUUCCGAAAGAGAAUUUAUGGACCAAAUGGGUGUAUAUUUUGUAGCAUUUGUUGGACAAUAUGGUUAUGAUAGAGUGCUCUCAGUAUUAGGACGUCAUAUGAGAGAUUUUUUAAAUGGCUUAGACAAUUUACAUGAGUAUUUAAAAUUUUCAUAUCCAAGAAUGCGAGCACCAUCGUUCAUAUGUGAAAAUGAAACAAAACAGGGAUUGACAUUACAUUAUCGCUCAAAACGGCGAGGUUUUGUGUACUAUACUAUGGGACAGAUCAGAGAGGUCGCCAGAUAUUUUUAUCAUAAAGAAAUGCAUAUCGAAUUGGUUAGAGAAGAAAUUUUAUUUGAUACUGUACAUGUAACAUUUCAACUAACAUUUGACAACAGAGCUUUUACGUUAGCUUCAUUGGCUAUGACAAGAGAAGAAAAGCAUUUGCCUAUUAGUGCUCAUGUUCUAUUUGAAAUAUUUCCAUUUUGUAUAGUAUUUAGUUCCGACAUGGUUGUGAGAAGUAUUGGUAACUCUUUAAUGGUAAUUUUACCAGAAUUAGUUGGGAAUAAAAUUACAAACUGGUUUGAUUUAGUGAGACCAUUAAUUGCCUUCAAAUUUCAAACGAUUUUAAAUAGAACGAAUAACAUUUUUGAAUUGGUGACUGUUGAAUCAGUACCUGAGCGAUUUGAUUUUUCGAAGAAAAAGGAACUUAUUUUAAAUGAAGAUGGAACUGAACCAGAAAAAACGUUACGACUAAAAGGGCAAAUGAUUUACAUGGAAACUUGGCGAAUGAUAAUGUUCUUAGCAACUCCAGUAAUGCCAGAUUUAACUUCUUUGAUAAGUACAGGCCUCUAUAUAAAUGAUUUAUCAAUGCAUGAUUUUAGCAGAGAUUUAAUGUUAGCUGGUACACAACAGUCUGUGGAGCUAAAAUUAGCUUUAGAUCAAGAGCAACAAAAAUCAAAAAAAUUAGAAGAAUCAAUGCGAAAACUUGAUGAAGAAAUGCGACGUACUGAUGAACUUUUAUAUCAGAUGAUACCAAAACAGGUGGCUGAUCGUUUGAGACGCGGGGAAAACCCAAUAGACACAUGCGAAAUGUUCGAUAGUGUAUCAAUUUUAUUUUCUGAUGUAGUCACAUUUACCGAAAUCUGUAGUCGUAUUACUCCUAUGGAAGUUGUAUCAAUGCUCAAUGCAAUGUAUUCAAUAUUUGACACAUUAACAGAACGUAACAAUGUUUAUAAAGUGGAAACUAUUGGUGAUGCAUAUAUGGUUGUAUCUGGUGCUCCAGAAAAAGAUACAAAUCAUGCGGAAAAAGUAUGUGAUAUGGCAUUAGAUAUGAUUGAUGCCAUUCAAGAUUUAAAAGAUCCAUCAACUGGUCAACAUUUACGGAUUCGAGUUGGUGUACAUUCAGGUGCGGUGGUGGCUGGUAUUGUUGGAUUGAAAAUGCCACGUUAUUGUCUUUUUGGAGAUACAGUAAAUACUGCAUCUCGAAUGGAAUCAUCCAGUAUUGCUAUGAAAAUUCACAUAUCAGAACCUACAAAAUUAUUACUUAGUCAACUUUAUAAAGUUGGAGAACGAGGAGAAGUCGAUGUAAAAGGUAAAGGUGCUAUGAAAACUUUUUGGUUAGAAGAACGUGAAGGUAGGCAACCACUUCAAUUAGAUAAGAGUGUCUUAAAUCCAGUUCCAUUAGCACAACAGCAGCAAGAACGUAACAAUUCAAUACCAAACGAUAGACGUUUAAGUGUUACUAUAGCGCAACCAAGUACAACAAUGAGUCCUAGUGAAGAUAGACGCAUUUAUUCUCCCGUAACUUUUCAAGAUGUUGCUCGACGUAGUGUUGCAAACUCACCUGUUAGAAAUUUAUUUAGUCGCGGUAGAGAAUCACGUUCUAAUUCAACUGGACACGUAUUCAUGCGCAGUCCUAGCGAUGUGUUUGGUUCAUUAAUUAGUGAUACAGAAGAUUUUCUAGAAGAUUUAGAAAUAAGCCGUCGAAACUCUAUGGCACCAUCAUCACCCACAUCAUCUUGCUUUAGUCCAACACCACCAUUUAGAAUUGGUACAGCACCAUCAAAAUCGAAACCAAGUAAUCCAGAUAAAUUUACCGAAGAGGAAUUGGCGUCCAUGGAACAAGAAUCGCCGCCGACUACAGCUCCAGCAAUUGAGCGUAACAAAAACAACUUAGAUGUCGGUAAAAAACGAUUUUUACGUAAUAAUUCAAGAAGAGAUCAAAAGAACAUAUCAUUCAACAAGGAUUCCGCAACACCACCUGCUACAAAAACCAAUCGAAAAUCAGUUUUAGCACGCCAACAAAAUAAAGCCAUCGAAAGAUUGGAUAAAAUGGUUGAAGAAGUUAUUGAAAAUGAUAUGCCAGAAUUUUGCCCAUUCUCCUUGCCACCAUUACCCAAUUCUAGAUCUGAUGGUGGAAUAUGUAGCCACGGUCAUGCACACAUGUCACCAGGUUAUCAAAUACCAAAUAGUCAAAGUUUUUCACAUGGCCGGGAACAUCAAUGUUGUACUGGCUUUGGUGGACACCAUACAAUGAAUGGGCGACACCGAAUACAUUCAAAUGCAUGUGUGAUUCUUUAAAUCCAAAAAUUCUAAUUUAAUAAGUUUGAAAAAUUUAUUUAUUUUUUUACAAAAUAAAUUAUUAAUUAAUAUAUGUAUGUCAUAUAAUAAAAUAUUCUAUUAUAUGCGGCGUUACUUUGAAACUUUAAAGAAAAAACAUAAAAUUCAUAAAGGAUUCAUAAAAGAUUUAUAUUUAUUAGCUUUCCGUUG